UCGUAUAUGCGCAUCCCUUAUCAUUUCGUCUGCUACUGCUAGUCAGCUAGUGCUAUUCCGUAUUGAUCUUGACGUUGAACAUAAGUUAUAAUAAGCUGAAAAGUAACAAUUGGAAAAUACUUCCAAUACCGGUAGAGGUUGAUGUAAUUAUUUCAUUCUCAUCAUGAGUGCAUGGCCAAAAGUGGUUUUAUUUGGUGAUUCGAUAACACAGCGCUCCUUUGAAGUUGGAGGAUGGGGUGCUUCAAUUGCUGAUCAAGUCCAGAGGAAAUGUGAUGUAGUGAACCGAGGGUUUUCAGGGUACAAUUCUCGUUGGGCUCACAUGAUAAUGCAGGCUGCCUUACCUCCUGAACUUCUUAAAGAUACAGUUGCGAUGACCUUGUUUUUUGGUGCUAAUGAUUCUUGCUUGCAAGAGGUAUGGCCAUGUCAGUAUGUAGGUGUCCAGGAUUAUGCUGACAACAUGAAGUCAAUCGUAAACUAUCUUGAGAGCAACGGUGUCCGAAAGGAGAAGAUACUGCUGAUCACACCUCCUCCAAUAGAUGAAACAUUGUGGGGCGAAUCCUGUAAAGAAAAAGGUACAGCCUUGAAUAGGACACUUAAGAACUCAGGAAUUUAUGCCAAAGCUUGUGUAACUCUAGCUCAGGACUUAGGAGUUAAGGUCAUUGAUUUAUGGUCAGCUAUGCAGACAGAAGAGAACUGGGGACCAAGAUUCCUAUCUGAUGGGCUUCAUCUCUCAUCUGAAGGAGCUGGUUUUCUUUACAAGCAGCUCUCUGGUUUUGUAGAAGAAUGUACAUCCUCCCUUCCUCAGCAGUUCCCUGACUGGAGUGAAAUAGACUAUGCCAAUCCAGAGAAGAGCUUCCAGCAGAGUUGAUGUUUUCCUUUCAGUGUUCCAACUCAGUGUAUGUCAUUUGAUUACCCUUAGUAAUCAUCUAAGGAAAUCAUGGGUUGAGCCACAGGGUAUUAUCUGUUGUUUGGGAGCAGAGACAAUGCUUUAAUAUCCUCCCCACUUACAAUAGAUAAUCCUCUGAGGCCAUUCUCAUGACUGAAAUGCUACUCAGGUACUGCAUACUUUUUUCUUUAUAAAUUAGUCAGAUAUACUACUCACACUUGAGAAAUUAGCCUUCCAGUUGUUAGUUUGUUCAUAUGCUUUUAAGUUACAGUUUACAGCUCAGAAUGAAUACUGCACAAUAUCAUGGUGCUGAUAUCCUGUUUCAGACAUGCAUAAACAAAGCUCAGCAUCAUUUCUGUGCAUUGUAUUUGGACAUGACGUGACAUGACCAAUCACUCACUUUUCAAAUAAACACAUGUUCAACCCCCCCCAAAAAAAAAUAGAAUAAAUAGAUAAUAGAUAAAUAAAUAAAUAAUAAGAAUUGAUAAAUAAAACAAUAAAAAUGUCUGAAAUCAUGACAUGAUAAUUUCAUUAUGAUGGAAUGAACUGGUAUUAUGUGAUGUCAUAAUUGUUAUAUUUGAUAAAUGAUGAUGAUAUGAAUUUUUAUGCCUGCAAACCCUAGACCAAUCUUAAUUUUCACUUACUUUUGAAAAGUCAGGCAUUUGAAUAAAUCACCUGCCUCAGCAACAUUUUUGUUGCCCCACAUAAUGCACUUAACUUUCUACAUUAAAAUAUAUACUGUGUUUUGUUAUAUUUUGCCAUACCUUGUGUGAACAAACUAUUAGUGAUGGAAGACUGAUGAUUAAGUGGUUUGUUUUUUGUUUGAUUUUUGCAGAACGUCGGCUUACGAUUAUCAGUCUCUCUGUGAUGAUAAACUUGUCAAGAAAUUUUGUAAAUUUUUUUUUUUAAUCUUUCAUUGCGUAGUUGACAAUCAUAAGAAAUGUUAUGGAAACCAUGAGUCUACCAAUACAUCUGCUAGCGAUUUUUUUCAUGUUGCCAUUUUAAUACCAAGUAACUUGAUAUGUCUAGUUAUGUAUUUUAAUUACACAGGUAACUCUGCUUAAGUCCAAUCUCUUGGGAUCAGCGAAAUCUAUUUGACUUGGGCAAAAAUUUGAUUUAGAUAUAAGAGGUGUAUAACACAUGGAUGGUCUAAACAACUGCUUCGACUUAAGCGAUUCUUGGACUUAUGGAAGGUCGACUUGGGCAGAGUUACCUUUACUUGUAAAAAGUGUUUGUUUCAUAUUUCUUUUUAGAUUUGAAUAUACAUGUAUGUACAUAUUGCGUUGUUUAAUGAAACUUAUUUUAGAGUAAAUUUAUGAAUUACUCCGUCAUUUUAAUCACAGACUGUAAAUUAAAACUUAGAAUAUAUUCAUAUUGAGUAAAAUUCAUUCAAAUUUAGAGUGCAACAUCUUAUUAUUUGCCAAAAUUCAAAUUAUCUUAUUUAAGAAUAUAAUGUAUGUACAAGGUAUUUUUGUCUGAUUUUUUUAUAUUACAAGUUGCACUGUAUUUGUUAAAACGCCAGGAAUUUCUCCUCAUUUCAUGGCCCUUCUUAUUUCAAUCCUGUGAUUUGUACUAAAGAAACAUCUCCAUUUGUGGUUUCAUGAGGUUGAUUUUGACAUGUUUUAUUAACUGUUUACAAGUAUGCACUGUUAUAUAUGAAUCACAACUUAAUUCUGAAAUAAUGAAUGAGCUAAUGGUACCUGUAGGACCAAAGUCCAUUUUCAAGGGUGCCACAAGUCUAGUGACAUCCCGCAUUGUCCCUUUCUGAAUUGUAUGGGUUAAUUUGCUUUUCUGGAUACAAAUGUGACAUCACAUUCUGGUUGACCUAAAGAGAGAACAAGUCUGAUACCCUUGAAUGUAAAUUCAGUGAUCAUGGAUUAUAAGGUUUAACCCAUUGGCUACUGGAACUAGAUGUCCAGAUGUCAAUUCAAAGGGGGGGGGGUUGUUAAAUAUUAGUUAUCAAUGGGUUGAAUCAUUUGGUUAAAUCUGUGCAAGUACAGGGACGUUAAUACUUUUUUUUCACUUUUAAGCCUCACUAUCAUAGGAAUAGGAGAGAGUUAUGAAAAUCUUUAUAUCUUUUGUAUCAUGUUUGCUUUGACCAAACUAUGUGUAUUAGAACAACCGAUAAUGCUUACAGCUUUUAAUUUUUGUCCUCUUACACAAUUGCUGUUAUAUGUAUUGCCAUCAUGGUACAAUUUGAAAAUUAGAG